AUGACAGCGCCCGACGAGACGUUUUUCAGGGAUUCAAACGUAAAACGGAGAACUGUCACUGAGCUGCGCACUGAGGAAUAUUCCACCACCAAUGACACUGGACGCAACGCGAGCGCUGCAUUAUCGACGCGAGCACAAGGAAUUCGAUGUAUACGAAACGGACCGGCGGAGGUGAGAAGUGAAGGAGAAGGCAGCGAUCUCUCAAAAUAUUGCUUCCAGACUCGUCUGGUUAACGACGUGAAGCAACCAAUCAGUGACAAGGGGACAGCAGCGAGGUUGAUCGUCGACGGUGUCUUGUCUUCUUGACUUAGCCAAGUGUGCGAACGA